CUGGAGAGGAUCUAGGCUACUUCAACAGAUUCGUAAAACAAACACAUACGAUUGUCACAGCUGGCAAGACGGCAUGGAAUGAAAAAUAUAUUUUGAGACUGUACUAUAGAAAGUGGGACAAAGACGCGCUGUACUUUCUCCAAGUUUGGUCUUCCCCUUUAAUGGCAGUGCAGCCCUAGUGGUGGCUACUGGACUGUAGGAUUCCCUGGGAACUCUGCGGAGAGAAGAAUGAAAUAGCCUUCACUCCAAACCAGGAUCAUGGCGGCGCCGCUCGGGCGGGACACUUUACCUGAUCACUGGUCGUAUGGAGUAUGCAGAGAUGGCAGGGUGUUCUUCAUCAAUGACAAAACUCGGAGCACUACUUGGCUCCAUCCCCGGACUGGUGAACCUGUCAACUCAGGACAUAUGAUAAGAUCAGAUUUACCGCGAGGAUGGGAAGAAGGAUUCACCGAUGAAGGGGCCAGCUACUUCAUUAACCACAACCAGAGGACGACCGCUUUCCGGCAUCCCGUGACGGGACAGAUAUCACCCGAAAAUUCCGACUACAUCCUCCAGGAACAGACGAACUCCCGCAUGUCCAAACCACCGCCAGACCACAGGCCACCCAGCAUGGUCAGUGAGACCUCCACAGCUGUGACCACAUCUACAGUGGACGCUACUUCAGGGUCUAAGGUGUCCCGGAGCAUCGGGAAGGUGCACAGCUUUGGCAAGAGAGAGCAGGCCAUCAAGAGGAACCCCAACAUGCCCGUGGUGGUCCGGGGAUGGCUCUACAAACAGGACAGCUCCGGCAUGAGGCUGUGGAAGCGCAAGUGGUUCGUGUUGUCUGAUUACUGCCUCUUCUAUUACAAAGACAGCCGAGAGGAGACGGUCCUGGGCAGCAUCCCCCUCCCCAGCUACGUCAUCUCACCAGUGGAACCAGACGACCACAUCAGCCGCAAGUACGCCUUUAAGGCCACCCAUACGGGGAUGCGCUCGUACAUUUACAAUAAGAACUCUGUGAUUGGCUCGCAGGCCGAGCACGGUGGCAUGCGCACCUACUACUUCAGCGCCGACACCCAGGAGGACAUGAACGGCUGGAUCAGAGCCAUGAACCAGGCAGCGCUCAUGCAGAGCCCCGGAGUCAAGAGAGAGGUGGAGCGGCCGGAGAAGCUGGAGCAACAGGCGGUCCCGCAGACCAAUCACGUCAACAGCUGCGGCAAGAGCUCCUCCCAGCCCGAGAGCCUCUACCAGCCGGCGGAGAGAGGGGAGGGGCCGAGCAAGAGCGCGGUGGAGCGGGCCGAGCGGGCGGAGCGGGCGGAGGCCCAGGCCCAGGCCAGGGUGGAGCUGGAGGGGCUCUCGCUGGACGCGGUGGCCCCCUCGCGGCCCUCCUCCACCCUGCCCCUCUCCUCCUCCUCCUCCUCCGCCCACCGUAACGGCCUCCCGGCUCCGGGGCCCGAGCAGAACGGCGGCGUGCCGUACAAGAGGGCCACGGUGCAGCGCGCCGACACCGAGAAGCUGGUGCAGCGCAAGACGGCGCUGGCCCAGGUGGAGCACUGGGUCAAGGUGCAGAAAGGAGACCCCAAGAGCCAUCCCUCCACAGACUACAGCCUCCCCAGGCGGACGCCCCCGCUGCAGCCCAAGGUGAGCAUGGUGGAGGCCUACCAGUCGUUGCCAAAGACCCUCCGCCACGCGUCCUCCGGUGGCUCCCCGCCGACCCCCCGCAACCUGCCCAGCGACUACAAGUACGCCCAGGACCGGCUGAGCCACUUCCGCAUGAGCACGGACGAGCGUCUGGCCAGCCGCGAGGGCAUGGUGUGGCAGCUGUACGAGUGGCAGCAGCGGCAGCAGUUCCGGCACGGCAGCCCCACGGCGCCCCUCUACGCCGGGCCCGACUACCUGGACGCGGCCGGGGCCUCCUUCCGCGUGACGCUGGAGGUUCCGCGCUCCGUCUCGGUUCCGCCGUCGCCCUGCGAGGUGCCCCCGUCCCUGUCCUCCUCCAAGCCGCUGUCGCCGCGGCGACCGCACACGCCCUCGGACCGGGUCACGGUGCGGCCGCUCGGCGAGGUCCCGCUGGCCGACCACCCGUUCCUCUGCUCGCCGCGACGCACCUGCUCACAGCUCUCCAAGACUGCACAAAUAGAGAGACGAUCAGUGCCAACCAUGGGCUACAUCACCCAUACGGUCAGCGCACCAAGCUUGCAUGGGAAGACGGCCGAUGAUACUUACAUGCAGCUGAAGAAGGACCUGGAGUAUCUAGACCUGAAGGUCACCGGUCGUGAAACGCUAAAAGACAGACCAGCACGGCCCGUUAAAAUAGCUGAAAGUGACAUUGAUGUGAAGCUGAGCAGAUUAUGUGAACAGGACAAGAUCCUUCAAGAGUUGGAGAUGAGGAUUCGCACCCUAAAGGAGGACAAGGACAAGCUGGAGUCUGUGCUGGAUGUGUCCCAUCAGCAGAUGGAGCAGUACCGCGACCAGCCCGCUCACGCCGAGAAGAUCGCCUACCAGCAGAGGCUGCUGCAGGAGGAUGUGGUACACAUCCGUGCUGAGAUUUCACAGCUCUCCACGGAGAUGGAGAACGCCUGGGGCGAGUACAGCCGUCUGGAGGUGGAUGUGGACCGGCUCAGGUCGGCCCUGCAGGAGCAGAUGAGCCGCUGCUCCAUCACUCAGCAAGAGAAAGCUCAGUUGAGGAAGGAGCUGUGGCGGAUAGAGGAUGUGAUGGCUGGCUUGAGCUCCAGCAAAGCCAACUACAAAAUCACAGUCGACUCAGUGCAGAACCCAGAGCGGAAACUUGUGCCUUCAGUGUCCCCCUCAGUGCCUUCCCUCUCGGCGAGCCCGUCGGCGGGGCAGCUGAAGUCUCUUGCGCACAGCCCCUCGCAGCCUACCCAGCAGCCCCUGCUCCAGUCCACGGCAGGCAUGCACGCUGCACACAAACCAAAAUGGGCUGAGGAGGGUGCUCCCCCACGGCCUCCUCUCCCUCAGCUCUACAGCCCCGACGAGAACCCCCCCGAAGUGCCCCCCCUGCCCAAGGAGUCGUCCGUCAUCAGGCACACUUCAGUCCGAGGCCUCAAACGCCAGUCCGACGAGCGCAAGCGAGACCGCGAGACCGGGCAGUUCUCCAACGGAGACAAGGUGGAGCUGCGGGCGUUUCUCAGCGAGCCGGAGCUGCGGGGGGUCAGUGGGGUGCAGGGGGCCUCGGCACUGAGCAGCGGGUACCAGACCUUACCCAGCAGAGGAACAACAGGCUCCUCCUCAAGACUGAAUCAGUCCUCCAACAUUUCAUCUUAUGUCACCCUGAGAAGAGGAGCAUCGGCACCUGGCUUGAAGGAGAGACCAAAGAGCGCUCUGGAGCGCCUGUACUCGGGGGACCCUGCGCUGCAGCGGGGCCGCAUGAGCGCCGAGGAGCAGCUGGAGCGCAUGAAGCGCCACCAGAAGGCGCUGGUGCGCGAGCGCAAGCGCACCCUCAGCCAGGGCGAGCGACACGCCUCCGUCUCCGCGUCCGCCUCCGUGGCCUCCUCGCCGGCCGCCGCAGGGCCCCGGUCCGCCUCGUCCGCGUCCGGAGCGACCACCCCGCGACCCGUCUCCGCUGACCUGGGAUCAUGGAAGCGCGAGCAGGAGUUUGACCUGCAGCUGCUGGAGCGCGCGGUGCAGGGCGAGGAGCGUCCGGCGGAGCAUCGGGAGAGACCGCGCUCCCAGUCGGACGAGUGGCUCACCCUGCGCUCCAUGAAGGAGCUGGACCUGGAGCCCGUGGACUACACCCUGGACCUCAGCAAAGAGCUGUCCAAGCCCAAGAAGGUAGAGAUCCCUGAGCGCUACGUGGACCUGGAGCCCGAGGAGCCGAUCAGCCCUCAGGAGCUGGAGGCUCGCCAGCGCAAAGUGGAGCGCAUCAAGAGCAUCCUGGCCAAGUCCAGUGUCCAGAACAUCCCCCCCACGGUGGUGGUGGAUAAGUGCGAUCUCCCGGACCUGGACUCGGCGCUGCAGGAGCAGGAGAGGAUCAUCACCAUGUCCUACGCGCUCGCCUCCGAAGCCUCCCUCAAGAGCAAGCAGGUGGCAGCUCCUCAGCAGGCUAACGACGCCGCUGACUCCCCUCCACCCUUCUCCCCUCCGCCCUUCUCCCCUCUUUUUCCUCCUCCCCCUCCUCCUCCUCUCCCACCCCCGAGCGCCUCCUCGGAGGCACUUCCUCCUCCUCCCCCUCCCCUCAGCAAUGGAUUUCACUACACCUUUGUCUAAUCAGAGCAAAUAAAAGUAAGCACUAAUGGCUUGUUUCACGUUUCGCGCGUCUAAUGUGCUGGCGGGGUGCUGCUAAAUUGUCUUGCCGUGAACGCGGAGCGCUCUCGCUGUGUGUGUGUGUGUGUGUGUGUGUGUGUGUGUGUG